ACCUAGAAUCAUAAAGGUGAUGCAAGGUGGGGGUGGAGAAUUCAAUACCAUAACCAAAGCCAUCGAGAGCGUUCCAUCAGGGAACGCCAAACGUGUGAUUAUAUCCAUCGGGCCUGGAUCUUACAAAGAGAAAAUUAGAAUUGAAAGAAAUAAGCCUUUCAUUACAUUGGUUGGAGAUCCUAAAAACAUGCCAAAUUUGACAUUUGACGGCACCGCCAAGCAAUAUGGAACCGUAGAUAGUGCCACUCUUAUUACUGAGAGUAGUUACUUUGUGGGUGCUAAUCUCAAUAUAGUGAACACUGCUCCUAGGCCAGACGGGAAAAUGGUAGGAGCACAAGCGGUUGCUUUGAGAGUCUCCGGCGACAGGUCGGCUUUCUAUAACUGCAAGAUCAUCGGCUUCCAGGACACUUUGUGUGAUGACAGGGGCAACCAUUUCUUUAAGGAUUGCCAUAUUCGUGGCACUGUUGAUUUCAUUUUCGGAAGCGGGACAUCUUUAUAUCUGAACUCAGAAAUAUUUGUGGAAGGAGAUCCGGAAUGAGAUCCGGAGAUGCAGUAAUUACAGCACAAGCGAGAGAAAUUUCAUCGGAGGAUACGAGUUAUUUAUUCGUGCAUGGGAGGAUUACCGGAACAAU